AUGAAGAACCGUAACUUUGCUCCAUUAGCUUCCCGAUUGCAUCUCAUCAUCACCUUUGAAACUUCUGCGUUAGAGACCCAGAUGACAAAACUGAAAGCAAUGCUUGAUCAAGAAACAUGGGUUGAAUGGUCUCCUGACAAAUCAUCCAUCUUUGGAAGCUCAGCAGAAGAUGGUGUCUUGAACAUCUGGGAUCACAAUAAGGUUGGUGAACGUUCUGGUCCAGCCUCAAAGUUUGCACCUGGCUUAUUGUUCAGACACUCUGGACAUAGUGUGUCGGAUGAUGGUGAAAGCACAGGUGGCGGUGGAACUCUACAGAUAUGGAGGAUGAUUGAUUUGAUUCAUAGACCACAAGAAGAGGUUCUUUUAUCUUUUAUCCCCCGCUUUAGUAGCCAUCUUUGGAAAGCCCUUGUUCUCAAAACAAAACAGGAUAUGGACAUCCAAGAUAGAGAACUAGUAAAUGACUGGCUCAUGAUCAUAGUUUACAAAGAACGUGGUUUUGGCUGA